GCACCACAGCAGGACAGUCCAAUCAGGGCGCUAGGGCCACUCGACCAGGCUCUCCAGGCAGUGCCAGUGGCUCCACUGUGUCUGGAUCAUCUGUGGCAGGGCAACACACCAAGGCUCCAUCAUCCCAGGGCUCUAGCACCACUGGACCAGCACCUAAUGACUCUGGAAAAACAGGGCCACCUGCAGAAAGCUCUGGGACCUCAGGCGAGCCUCAGGAAGGAUGUCAGUCCACAAGCUCAUCUGUCAAUCAACCUCGCACCUCUCAACCAGCUGCAGUGCAGUCUAGAACCACUGGGCUAUCUGUCAUGGAGGCAGGAACCACAGGGCAAUCCGUGCAAGACUCCAGGACCAACCGGCCUGGCUCAGCAGGCAGUAGCAGUGGACCCACUGGGGCUGGAACAGCAGGAGCAGGGCGCCAGACCACGGCUCCAUCAUCCCAGGGCUCUGGCACCACUGGACCAUCUUUUGUUGUCUCUCAGACUUCAAGCCAGUCUAAGGAAGGAUCUGAAUCCACAGGCUCAUCUGUCAUAGGAUCUGAUUCCACUUCAACCUCCUUGGUGUACCCAUGGGCACCACUGGCUUCUCUUCUACCCUGCUGGGCACUACUGCUUCCUUGGUGGGCAUUGUCACAACCACAAGAGUUUUUCCUCAGGGAUCCUCUGCUGACACAGCUCCAGGAGUCUCAAGCAAUGGAAUUCCUCCAGAACUCGUUGAAUUGCCAUCAAAACAGCCAGAAGUAACAGGUGAGAAAACAUAGGACUGUAGAUAACCAUUUGAAAGAACUGAUAUGACAGGAACAGAAUAGGAAACAGGAUACCAAACAUCAGACUUACCAGAUCAGCAACACAUGAAUUUCAGAGUAGAUGCUGGACUUUUUUCUGUUUUUUGUUUUUCUCCCAGAGCCCUGCUCAGCUCUGGCUGAUGGUGGUGUGGGGGAUUGAACCUGGGACCUGUGAGCCUCAAGCAUGAGUCUCUUGGUAUAACCAUUAUGCCGUCUACCCCUGUCCACUUUUUCUUUUUUUACACCUUUUUUUUUUAGAAAUUUUAAAAAAAUAUUUAUUUAUUUCCUUCUGUUGCCCUUGCUGUAGUUAUUAUUGUUGUUGUUAUUGAUGUCAUCGUCAUUGCAUAGGACAGAGAGAAAUCGAGAGAGAACGGGAAGACAUAGAGGGGGAGACUGCUUGUGAAGUGACUCCCCUGCAGGUGGGGCUCCAACCAGGAUCCUUAAGCUGGCCCACCAUGUCUACUUAACCUGCUGCACUACCACCUGCUACACUACCACCUUUUUUACACCUUUUUUUA